GUGGGUUUGUGUGAUUGAUUUGCAGUAGUGUGUGUCUGCUUGUAUAAAUGUACAAAAGAAGUGUCCUGUAGAGAAAGGUCACCUUCUCAGUAGGUGAUUAUGCAUGCAGGACUCAUAUAUUAAUUGUUAGCUUUGACUGCAUUAACCUCCACUGCUGAAUUCUAAAUUUUAAGGGUGUCAUUUGCAAAAAAAAUAAAUAAAAAAUUGAAGUUUCCAAAGACAAAAAUCACAAAAUUAUAUUAAUCUGAUAAACAAAAUUCAUUAUUUAUGCUCUAAAGUGAAAAGCUUAUACUGAGCUGUAAUUUCAAGCUUCACUUUAUUCCUGUAAGUCCUGUAAGUGAAAAUGGCACAACUAAAAUGCAUAGUGUUAUAUUACUGUACACUCUAGGCCUGCUUUGAGUUAAUUGUCAAUUAGUCACCCUACUGUAGGUACAGGAAAAAAAAUCUGUGGCUUUAAUUGUGUGAUGGUCCCCUGGCUUCUUAACCUUUUCUGCUCUAUUUUCCAUAUUGCAGCAGGUAGCAGGGUGCAGAGCCAAUUAACUUGGUUAGAGGCACCUGGGCCCUGUACUUCCUGACUGUAAUUCCCCACCCAUACUCAGUCCACUGGAGCUUUCUUCUCCUCAUGCAGCUUUUCUUUGUUUUAUCUAUCAAACAAAACUGGGGUACCAUUUUUAUCAGGACCCUGCUCUGGAGCAGGCUCAAGGCAAAUAAACAGCUUAUUUAUUUUAAUGAAAUCACAAUAGCUAUUAACUGCUAAAAAUAGUAGUGAAGGUGUGUGUGUGUGUGUGUGUGUGUGUGUGUGUGUGUGUGUGGACGGAUGAGUGAAAUGUGGAGUGUAGCAGAUGUUGGAUGAAUAAACAGAACAAAAGACAGCUUGAGGGAACUGAGGUUGGAUGGGGUUUUAUAGUCAGGAGCCAGGGAACUCUUACAUUUACACAAGACAGGUUUUGUAUUUACAGUCAUUAAAACCAUAAUUUCAAAUAUUAGUAUAUAUUGGGAGCAGAUAUUUAAUCCAAGCAUGCAAUAACAGUACAUUUGUAAAAACAUUUAAGUAAAAAAAGAAUGUGCUUUCAUUUUCAUUGAGCUGUGUUUAAUCUAGUUUAGUGCAGUGUGUAGCACAUAAAUGUGAAUACUCCUGAAUAUUGUGCCUAAGAUUGUUACGUUACAUACAGCUGUUAUCCAAACGUCUUAAUACUCUUUACCAUCAUGUUAGUGGCUAAUAGCACAUUUUGUCCAGAGAUGACAAAGAUGUUAGGUGAAACCUUUGGUGAAAGUGUAAAUGUUGAAAAGUAUUUGUUUUAAAAUAAGAUUUUGCUGUGUUAUUUUUCAGCAUGAUGUACUUUUUUUUGUUUUGUUUUUCUGUUUUUGUGUUGUUUUUUUCCCUCCAAACUAAUGGACAUACGUGGUGUUGUUGAAAGUCAUGUCCUGUUGUAAAGUCACGUGGAGUAGUGCAUGAAUAAAUGAGGUACACUAUGUCUGCAGUAUUGUGUUAAGUCAAGUUCAGCUUUGACCCAUAUAUUUAUUAAUUGUUACACAUUGAGGUUCACUGACUCGGCCUUCUUUUUUUAGUAGCUGUAACAAAAUUAUUUAGAAUAUAUUGUGAGCCUUUGUAUCCGAAAUCUCGCGAGACGGCCAGUGAUUGUUCUUAAGUACUUCAUGAUGGGUCAGAGAAGUCCAGUCCGGGUAGCACGGGUGAGGAGAAUCCGAGUGAGGGACGGGAUGGGUGUGCUCGGUCUCCUCUCUGUGGGUGUCGGACCCUUUCGAAACCAGGUGCGGACGUUUCGGACAUGGAGCCGCCAGGAUUUAUCCAUAAUGUUUACCACUUUGCGCAGCAGCAAUGCACUUAUAAUGAAGCUGUCACUGAUGCAAAGGAGAUGUGGAGGAUUAUAUCAGCACAGUUUCCCACUCGCUCGAUUGCUUAGCGCAAACAAGCCACCAAGAGGCUUUGAAAAGUUUUACCCAAAGAAUAAAGAAAGCACUGGUGUCAACAAGUCAGUUGAAAAUGAAACCACCAGAGAGCAAGAUCCUCUUGGAAGGGAAGGGAGGGACACACAUGAUGACAGGAACCAAAGGCAAACAGGAGGAAAAAAGAAAUCACGCUGGUGGACACGCUUUCAGCAGGAUUUUCCCUUGGAUCAAAAAGCAAUUCAGAAUCUUGCUGCCGGUGCAGCAGGUAUGGCCUCAGCUUUUUUAUACUUUUAUUUCCGAGGGACAGGGGUCCAGGUCUCUUGGAAGGACUUUGUGAAUCACUACUUGAGAAGAGGCUUGGUGGGUCACCUGGAGGUUGUCAACAAACAAUAUGUUAAAGUAUUUCCUGCCCACGGAGUGAACAUCUCAGAUGUGAGCUAUUUGUGGUUCAACAUUGGCAGUGUUGACUCAUUUGAACAUAACCUGGAGAUGGCCGAGCAGGAACUGGGCCUCAGCUCCACACAUAAAGUACCUGUAUUUUACAGAAGUGAAUGUGGCGGGACCUUCCUUUUUAGUGCUCUCCCUGCCUUACUUCUAGUCAGCUUUUUGUUGUUUGCCUUCCAUCAGGGACCAUUGGCAGGUAGAUGUGGAGGUAGGGGCCAAGCAAACCCCUUUAGCAUGAGUAAGUCCAAAGCCAAAAUAAUUAAAGACAACAUCAGUCUGCGUUUCAAGGAUGUUGCGGGCUGUGAGGAAGCCAAACUGGAAAUCUUGGAGUUUAUCAACUUUCUGAAGAACCCACGUCAAUACCAAGACCUCGGAGCUAGGAUCCCAAAGGGUGCAGUGUUAUCAGGGCCACCUGGAACUGGGAAGACCUUGCUAGCUAAAGCCACUGCAGGAGAGGCAAAUGUCCCCUUCAUCACCGUCAACGGCUCAGAGUUCCAGGACAUGUUUGUUGGUGUGGGACCUGCAAGGGUAAGGGAUAUGUUUGCUAUGGCUCGAAAAAAUGCCCCCUGCAUCUUAUUCAUUGAUGAGAUCGAUGCAGUGGGCAGGAAGAGAGGCACAGGGAGCUUUGGUGACCAGAGCGAGCAGGAAAACACCCUCAACCAGCUGCUUGUGGAGAUGGAUGGGUUCAACAAUAACACUGAUGUGGUUGUUUUGGCUGGCACCAAUCGUGCUGAUAUCCUGGAUCCAGCUCUGAUAAGGCCUGGGCGCUUUGAUCGACAUAUAUACAUAGGCCCACCAGACAUAAAAGGCAGGUCUUCCAUCUUUAAGGUGCAUUUAAGACCUCUGAAGUUGGACUCUAGCAUAGAAGUAGAGGCUUUUGCCAGAAAGUUAGCUGCACUAACCCCAGGUUUUACUGGGGCUGACAUUGCUAAUGUGUGUAAUGAGGCUGCACUAAUAGCUGCACGUCACCUCGACCGACAUAUCAGAGCUAAGCACUGUGAGCAGGCAGUGGAGAGAACUAUUGGAGGUGUAGAGAAAAGGACCCUGGUACUGCAGCUUCCAGAGAAGACUACUGUGGCAUAUCAUGAGGCCGGACAUGCUGUUGCCGGCUGGUUUCUAGAGCAUGCAGACCCCCUACUUAGGGUGUCAAUUGUUCCCAGAGGGAAAGGUUUGGCCUAUGCGCAGUAUCUGCCUAAUGAACAGUACCUGUUCACCCAGGAGCAACUUUUUGACAGAAUGUGCAUGAUGCUGGGGGGUCGAGUGGCUGAACAGAUUUUCUUUCAUCAAAUCACUACUGAGGCACACGAUGACCUCAGGAAAGUCACACAGUCUGCCUAUGCACAGGUUGUGCAGUUUGGAAUGAAUGAGGCAGUAGGUUCAGUUUCCUUUGACCUCCAUAAGCAGGGUGACAUAGUAAUUGAGAAGCCCUACAGUGAACCCACGGCCCAGCUUAUAGACCAUGAGGUCCGCUUGCUCAUAGAUGCUGCCUUCCAGCGAACACUUCAGCUCGUCACUGAUAAGAAGGAGCUAGUGGAGAAGGUGGCAAAACGUCUCCUAGAAAAGGAGAUUCUAGACAAGGCUGACAUGAUGGAGCUGCUAGGAUCUCGUCCAUUUCAGAAGAAGUCAUCAUAUGAAGACUUUGUGGAAGGGCUGGGGGAAUUUGAAGAGGACACCUCGUUACCUAAAGGCCUGCAGCACUGGAAAAUGAACAAGGGGGAUGAAAAACAGAAGCAGAAUCAACAAAACAAAUAUACCUGUAGGUGGAGCUGCAGCCACAGGGCAAAUAUUCCACUGGACUCUGGUGAAUAUCCCACCACCUGGUGGGUCGUCCCCUAACCGUAGGGUUGGAGGUUUGAUCCCUGGCUUCUUCAGUCCAUAAUACUAAGUGUCUUUGGGCAAGACACUGAGCCCUAAGUUGCUCUGGGUGAGCAAGUUGGUGAGCAUGUGUGUGAAUAUGUGAAUGGGUAAAAUAGUGUAAGACACACUGUUUGUGUGGCACUGUAGGAAACAGCUACUGUAUAUAAGAUCAUUUACUGUAGUUUGUCUCCAUAGAACAAGUGAGUAAGAGCUUAUUUGUGAGGUGCUCUUAAUUUCCUGAAAUCAUCAACAAAUUGUUAUUAAGGAAAUAAC